AUGGAUACUGGUAUAUCCAUUAGCUUUGGCAGCAAGAUAUCGAAUUCUUUUUGGGGCGGGUAUGAGUAUGCUUCCGGGUUGCCACAACCGGAGCCAAUAACCUCUCCCGGGGAUUCGACGUCUUCGGAUUUACCGAACUGGGCACCACAACAGACACCAUGUCACUUUUAUACUGCAGAAGGGAUCCACUAUCAGGUUAAACAUGGCGAGGUCGACACUAUCUCUCCCAAAGAUGCUCUUCUGGAGGCUGCCGAGAGAGCGUCACCGUUCCCACCUGAUGACUUUGUCAACGGCGUGAACUCUUUCCAAGCUACCCUGCCAUACACCCAGAUGGAAACAUUCUCAAGCCAAUCCGCUAGGCAGGCUGCCAGUCUUCCACAGCAAUUGAACCAUUCGCAACUGCUACAGACUCGUCGCACUACCAGCAGUCUGAACCAGCAGACACCCAAAUUUCUGGCGUUCUUGACUACCAUGGAGUCUAUCAAGAGCGAGUCGAUCGACUCGGGUAUCUACUCCCAUCCCUAUCGCGACCGCACCGUACUGUUCAAGACGCCAGCUAAGUUGCAGAAACACAAGCGCAAGGCCGGCCCCUUUAUAUGCAAUUGGAUCAAUUAUUCUGGCGAGCCAUGCAACUCUACUUUCUCACGGCCCUACGAGAAGGCUCGACAUGAGCGCACAAUACACAAUACCCAUAAAGAGAACGUGCGCUGCGAUUUUUGCACGGGAGAAAGGACCUUCUCGCGCAACGAUGCGCUUACCCGCCACAUACACCUCGUGCACCAAGAAGUCUGCAGUUGCGACAAGUGCAAAGCCUUGACAUAG